GUUAAAGUAUUGGAGUUAAACUUGCUUGCAAUGUAUUAAAUGAAAACAUACACCAUGGCAUUUGGUCUUUUCCGGUUUAAAAAUACAUUGUUUAACAAAACAAAUGUGGCCAUCUAUAGGCUCAAAAUAAAUAGCUCGUGCAUCAGUUGCUCUGGAGACUAUUUUCCUCUGCCAUGCUAUGCAGUAUUGAGGACAUCAUCCACUGCAAUCCCACAACAGAUUACUAAUGAAAAGCACCAUCAACACAGUUGCUCAACCUUGGAAGCUGUGAUGACACAAGCACCAACUCUGGGACGGAAAAAUCACAAGAAUGAUGCAUUUGCUGUUUGUGUCAAUCUCUCAGAAAUAUUGCACCAGGAUCCACUUGCCAUCCUGCUCAACUCAGGGCUACUGGCAAAUAAUGUCAAAUGCAACUCAUCAACCAAGGUCCAUCAUAAAGAGGAAUCUAAGUAUAACCAGAAGACAGCCGCAGAUUUGAGGACCUCUUCCUGUGCAUCACUCCCUUAUAGUCUCCAUUCUUAUAACUUUCAAUGCCUGGAGGAUACAUUUAUUAUGUCUCAAAACCCUGAAUAUCCUCAUAUUUUACAGCAAGGCAACUUGACAACACAAUGGAACAAAAGCUAUAAGGAAAUAAGUAUUAUUUGCUCAGCUGACUCUGGAAUGAAGCUGGCUGGCUCUUCAUUACCAAGCCCCAACUCCCGCGAUGACUGCAUUCCUAAUAAAAAUGAUGCCGGCACCAACCCUCUUGGCCUCCCCACGCCAGAUAAACUCAAGCAUGUCCAUGAUGUCCUUGUGUCUUCUCUGAAAAAGUUUUUUGCACAAACCCCUAAUUAUACCAUCUUUGAUAAGGAUGUUAUUUUUGAGAACCGCUUCAGAGGAACUGUAACCAAAGGAUUGUUCUUGUAUGUGACACAAAUGUACAUACUGAACACCAUUGGCCACAUGAAGCACGCCUACGUUCAUAUGGACAUCAUCAAGACUACCAUACAUCCGGAGGAUGGCACUGUCAAAGUUCGCUGGCGGAUCAAGGGUAUUAAGUCUCGACAAGCUUUUAUCGGAUUUUGGAAGGCUCGUAAGUGGAGCAUAUCUGACGUAAAGCAAGACGACAUGUUUAACUGGUACGACGGCUUCUCGACGUUCCACGUGAACAGUGAAGGUCUCAUUUACCGCCACGUCGCCGACAACAUGAUGCCUGAUGAGGAGAAGCUGAGCAGCAGGCCGGGCACCAUAGCCAAGCUAGCCGUGGCAAUAGGGCUCUGGCCCAGGCCUGUUGCUGGCCAUAGCAGCGUCAUACAAGAGAUGCCCUCACUCUUUUAGACGAUUUGAAUGCAAAUAUGAAUUUUCUAACUAUACCCUUGCUGAUUUUGUUGAACUAUAGACAGUGGUUUUUCUGGGAACGCUACUUUGAUUCCUUGUGGUUAAUUCACUUCCCUUCUAUUAAGAUAGUUUCAUGCGGUCAUGUCUUCGAAACAGAAAUACGGAAGAAACGCUUGAUCUUGCUCUCUUUAGGUGAUGAUUCAAUUAGUGAAGAUUUUUAUUUGCAGAACCUGUCUUAGCUUAGAAUCUCAACCACUCUUCUGAAUGCAACUAUUUACAUUAUGGCUGCUGCUUGCUCCCCAUUUAUUCCAAACUACCAUAGUUUAUAUGCAUAUAGAGCUACUUAUGUAUAGAGUAUACAGAGCUACUUAAUAAUAUCGCAGAUAGCAUUGAGACCAAGCAAAUCCCUACUCUCGUAAAUGAAAGACCUCUCCAAGCUACGCAUGGCACGCAAUUCAUCAGGCAUUCACAUCAAUUCAGCGUGAGUUUGAGCACAGUCAGGUUGAGGUAAACGUACAUUUGUAGCAGAAAGAAAGUUCUACCUCGUGAUGUUGGUUCAUCGUCUGGUAAAAAUUGGCCUUUGCAAGCAUAUCAUAUCUUAUCUUUUUUAUCCUCUCCUAAAGUCUGGAGCAAACAUUUUGUUAUGAGAUUGUGUUUAAUUCUGUAAUAUUACUCACUUUGAUGUUUCUACUUGACAGUCCAUUUUGGACUAGGUUAGAUGAUGGCCUUUAUUGAAAAUUUCUGUACAUAUUUUCUUUACUGUCUGAAUUUCUUUAUAAAAUGUCCAGUAUGAGAUUUCUGCUACGAACCACUUCCCUAGAAGAGCUAGUAUUUUUUAUUCAAGUUAUCAUUGCAAUUUAUUCUAAUCGUGUACGACAUUGUGUUGAUAAUCAUCACCGAAGACGAACAGCAACUAAAACUGUCAACAAAAUUUAGGAUUUUCUAAAAAUAAAUCUAUUGAAUCAUGUGAAGCAAACGGCCUGAGUGUGGUGAAGAAGUCUUCUCACCGUAGCAGCAUUUGACUUCAAAACCUCGUUUCAUCCCAUACAAUUAACUAAUCAUGUAAGUUGAAACAUUCGACGCACAUCAGCGGCAUGAAGAUAGCACCUGCCCCGGAUCAUUUUUAUUUCCGCUACGAACUGCUUACAUCAUGGUUUUUCUCUAACCCCAAGGAACUGCCCUCAGGCGCAUUAUGUGGACGAUAUUAUAGAAAUAAAUACUCUGUUGCAGGCUGGUGCCGUCACUGAAAAACCGAAAUGAUCUCUCCUGUGUAGCGUGACUUUCGAUCUCUAAGAGAUAUCACGGAAUCGCUCGCCGGACUUCGAAACCAUAUUGUACAGAAAAAAUGAAUAUAUCAAACCA